AUGGGUGAAGAGUUUUACGCCGAUGACUGCCAAUUGUUCAUGGAGUCAUAUGAUGAUGACUUGACGUCUUUCGAUGUCGAGAAUGCUAUUCGAUUCAUCCAGGCAGUCAAAAGUCGCAGUCUUCAAGACCAGAGUCGGACCGGGAAGAAAGGUACCGCGUGGCUAGAUGACCGCCUUGAUAGCAUCGGCCAGCGCGAGCGCGACAUCACAGAUGCUGGCGUGUUGGACUCACCAUCGGACCAGCAGGCUGCCAGAAGCUAUCCAGCACCACUUACUGCCCAUCAGCUCCAUGAUUAUUUGAGGGAGAAACAAUUCGAUCAUGAGACACUCAUGGAUGCAGAUAGGCGCCUCAUACACGUCGCAGAUCCUGACGCCUACGACUUUUUAGCACUGAUAAAGACCGCUAGACAACAUCAACACCACUCGCUUCGAGAGGCUAUAUGCAAGUAUCUUUCGCUGGAAACAUCAAUAAAAGCUAGCAUAAACGAAGGCUACUCAGAGUAUCAUAUGGAAUUCCACAUCCCAUACUUUGCGAUGCGUCGUUCUCGACCAGAACACGACUUUGACGGAAGGAGGAAGAGAGGCCACAGAGGCUGGAUGAACAUUGCCUUCUUGGACGCCAGAGAAACCGCGUCGUCAUCAGAAGAAGUUUGCGGCGUUCACCAAGCCCAGAUCUCGGUUACCAUUUGCGGAACGGACAAUUUGCGCUGGACAGCUUUCUGUUUUGAAGACCGAUCAUUUGACGAGGAUAGUGAGAUGGGCAACGAUGAACAAACAGACUUCCAUCAGUCUGACCAACUCGCCAAGGGGAGCUUUGGAGGGGAGGAUACGAUAUGGGACGCCCGUGAAUAUUUCCUCCGCGUACUCCUUAUCAGAAUGCGUCACGUGCUCAAAGAGUGGGUUGAAUUGGUCCGGCUCAUCGAUUCGGGCAUCAAGCAACAUUCUUGGGGACGCCUUUUCUUCUCCCCGAAACGAGAUGGAACACCUACGCCGACCAAUGAUAGAAACGCGUCAACUUGGAUUGACCCAACCAUGCAAUUGCUGGGAAGGAUAAUUGAAGAGCUUGCAAAGACCAACGAGUCCUGGAUGCUCUUCACGUCAGAAACGGGCGAUUUUGCCUUUUUCUCUGACGAGCAAGGCAGUGCGCGCAUAACUCGGACAUUCAAUCACCUUACUGACGUGUUUCGCGAAUUGUCAAAGAUAGAAAAGAGGCUACAGCGCAUGGCGGAAGACUGUGAGAGAAGAGCGCAGACUAUCAACCUCCGCCUAACGUCUGAUAGUAAGAAGAGUGCGGAGCUCACAGUCUACUUCAUAUCUCCUUUCGCUAUCGUCAGCACUUUUUUUGCCAUUCCAACGUCUAUUAUGGGAUUUGAUCGGAACAUAGUGUCAUUCCUUGUUGCUUUGUCGUUGUGCGUUAUCGUUCUGCAAGCGAUGUGGCAUUUCUUGGACGGCACAUUGACGCGAAAGACCUGGUGGCUCAACCUGGUAAAGAGAGGAAGCCCUGCCUCGACCAAGACAAACGAAAGUGGCGCGUUGCAAAGGAGGAAUACACAAUCCGGUGCCGUUUGA